AUGGCGGCGGCGAAGAAACAAAUCACUGUUUCCGAUGACUUGAACUACGAAACCUGGGCUCCAAUCGCGCAAAAACGACUAGUGGAGAAUGGACUUUGGGAUGUCGUUGUAAACGGAGUCUCGCCGGAUCCGACGAAGAUUCCAGAGCUAGCGGCGACUAUCAAGGCCGAAGAACUUGCGCAGUGGAGAAAUCGUGUGAUCAGAGACAUCAAAGCGCUCAAAAUAAUGCAAUCUUCUCUCACGGAUUCGGCUUUCAGAAACACUAUCUCGGCUGCUUCGGCCAAGGAGCUUUGGGAUCUGCUAAAAAAAGGUAACGAAGAAGCGAAACCCCGUAGCUUAGAGAAGGAAUUCGAGAAUCUUAAGAUGCAUUACGGAGAAACGAUGGAAAGUUACUUGAAGAGAGUUAAUGAUAUCCUUCAUCGGCUCUACAUCUCAGAGAUUGAGAUAUCCGAUGACGAGAUUGUGAGGAAGCUGUUGACCUCACUGUCACGGGAAUACGAUCAUGCGAUUCCCACGUUGAAAGAGUUCAUGGAAAUGCCGUAUAUGGCUUCUAAUGAUCUGCUUACCAUGUACGAACGAUACGGAGAUCCUCCAGAAACUAUGCCUCACAUGGUGAAGGAUUUCUCUGAAAGUCUGAAGAAAGCCAUCGCUGAGGAGAUGUAUUGUGGGAUUUGCGAGAAGUACAAUCACAAGGAAGAAGACUGCCGUUACAAUCCCGUUAAGCUAGAGAAGGAAUUCGAAGAUCUGAGAAUGUACGACGGAGAACCGAUGGAUUUCUACUUGGGGAGAGUUGUGGAUUUCCUUGAGCGGCUGGAGGAUUUAGGGAUUGAGAAAUCCGAUGACGAGGUUAUCGCGAAGCUCUUGACCUCGUUGUCGUGGGAAUACGACGAUGCAAUCCCGUUGCUGAAGGAGUUCAUGGCUCUGCCGGAUAUGACUCGUGAUGAUCUUAUUAAUCUUCUUGGUGGAUAUGGAGAUCAUCCAGAUGCUAUGCCGUACAUGAUGAAGGACUCCUACGUUAGUCUUAAGAAGGCUAAGUCUGAGCAGCUGUGGUGUGGAUUGUGCGAGAAGUACAAUCACAACACAGUGGACUGUUUCUUCAACCCCAUGGCAAAGAACUCGUUUAGAGGCCAAUGCCAUCAAUGUGGAGAAAGAGGGCACUUUGCAAAGCAUUGCAGCAGCAGAAGAAUUCAGCAACAAGCUCAGGAGCCUGUGCAUUUGAUGUUAGCGGUGACUAUUGGUGGCUUCACGUUUGAUGAGGAUAUGUGGAUGAUAUACACCAACGCCUCGAGCCACAUGACUCCGUACGCGAAGCUUUUCACGACUCUGGAUAGAACGUACAGGGGUAAGGUUCUGCUGGCGGGAGGACGGGUUAUCGUGGCGGCAGGGAAAGGUGAUGUUAGUAUCGUGAUGGAUGGAGUGAAGAAGACGAUCAAGAAUGUGCUGUUUGUUCCUCGGAUCAACAGGAAUGUGUUGAGUGUUGGUCAGAUUACAUCGGGAGGGUAUAAAGUGAUGAUGGAUGCUAGUGGAUGCAUUAUUAAGGAUGAGAAUGGGAAUGUUUUUGCUAGAACCGGAUGGGAAGAGAGAGGCUUGGCUCUGCGUUUUCAGGUGAUUAAAGGGUAA